CCUCAAAUUGUGAUAAACAAUAUUACUAUUUACUGUAAACAAGUACAAACUUCUAUAAAUUUAUUGAGAUUAUUAAUUAUUAACAAUUAACAUUAAUUAUUAACAAUGAAGAUUAGUGUUGAUGGUUUGAUUGUCUAUUUUCCAUAUGACUAUAUUUACCCAGAGCAGUAUGCCUAUAUGCUGGAGCUUAAAAGAGGCCUUGAUGCCAGAGGUCAUUGUCUUCUUGAAAUGCCUUCAGGAACUGGCAAAACCAUAACUCUAUUGUCAUUAAUUGUUGCAUAUAUGCUUGAGCAUCCACUGCAAGUUACAAAAUUAAUAUAUUGUUCACGUACAGUUCCUGAAAUUGAAAAAGUUCUUGAAGAAUUAAAAACAUUAAUGAAUUAUUAUGAAAGCCAAACAAAUAAUAAGCCAAAAAUUGUUGGUCUUGUAUUGAGUUCACGUAAAAAUAUGUGUAUUCAUCCAGAGGUUAGCAAAGAGAGAGAAGGAAAAAUAGUUGAUGGACGUUGUCAUUCAUUGACAGCAUCAUAUGUAAGAGCACGUCAUAAUACUGAUGAAAAUACACCAGUUUGUAAUUUUUUUGAAGGUUUUGAUAUGGAAGGUCGUGAACAAAUGAUGCCACCUGGUAUUUAUUCAAUUGACGACCUAAAAGAUUAUGGACGUGAUAGAAAUUGGUGUCCAUAUUUUUUAGCACGUUUUGCAAUUAUAAAUGCACAAAUUGUUGUAUACAGUUAUCAUUAUUUAUUGGAUCCAAAAAUUGCUGAAUUUGUAUCAAAAGAAAUGGCAAAAACUUCAGUUGUUGUAUUUGAUGAAGCUCAUAAUAUUGAUAAUGUUUGUAUUGAUUCAAUGAGUGUUAAAAUUAAUCGUAGAACAAUGGAUAAAUGUUCAAAUAAUAUUAGUUUAUUAGAAAAAACAGUUGCUGAAAUGAGAGAUGAAGAUGCUAAUAAAUUAAAAGAAGAAUAUCAACGUUUAGUUGAAGGUUUAAAAGAUGCUCAAGUUGCUAGAGAAACAGAUGUUAUAUUAGCAAAUCCAAUUCUUCCUGAUGAAGUAUUAGAAGAGGUAAUACCUGGAAAUAUUAGAAAUGCUGAGCAUUUUGUAAAUUUUUUAAAACGUUUUGUUGAAUAUUUAAAAACAAGAUUACGUGUACAACAUGUUGUACAAGAAUCACCAUCAAUAUUUCUUCAUGAUAUACAAACAAAAGUAUGUAUUGAAAGAAAACCAUUACGUUUUUGUGCUGAAAGAUUAGCAUCACUUUUACGAACAAUGGAAAUGACUGAUUUAACUGAUUUUUCACCACUUAUACUUGUUACACAUCUUGCAACAUUAGUAUCAACUUAUACAAAUGGUUUUACAAUAAUAGUUGAGCCAUAUGAUGAAAAAACACCAAUUGAUAAAGUUUCAAAUCCAGUAUUACAUUUUAGUUGUAUGGAUUCAUCAAUUGCAAUGAAACCAAUAUUUGAUAGAUUUCAAUCAGUUAUUAUAACAUCAGGUACACUAUCACCACUUGAUAUGUAUCCAAAAAUAUUAAAUUUUCAUCCAGUUAUUAUGUCAUCAUUUACAAUGACACUUGCAAGACCAUGUCUUUUACCAAUGAUUGUUGCAAGAGGUAAUGAUCAAGUAGCAAUUUCUUCAAAAUUUGAAACACGUGAUGACGUUGCUGUUAUUAGAAAUUAUGGUCAAUUGUUAGUUGAAGUUGCAUCAGCAGUACCAGAUGGUAUUGUUUGUUUUUUUACAUCAUAUUUAUAUAUGGAAUCUGUUAUUGCUGCUUGGUAUGAUCAAGGAGUUGUUGAUCAACUUCAAAAACAUAAAUUAUUAUUUAUUGAAACUCAAGAUUCAGCUGAGACAAGUUUAGCACUUAUUAAUUAUAUAAAAGCUUGUGAAAAUGGACGUGGUGCUGUAUUAUUAUCAGUUGCAAGAGGAAAAGUAUCAGAGGGUGUUGAUUUUGAUCAUCAUCUUGGUAGAGCUGUUCUUAUGUUUGGUAUUCCAUAUGUUUAUACACAGUCAAGAAUUCUCAAAGCAAGAUUAGAAUAUCUUCGUGAUCAAUUUCAAAUAAGAGAAAAUGAUUUUUUAACAUUUGAUGCAAUGCGACAUGCUGCUCAAUGUGUUGGACGUGUUAUUAGAGGUAAAACUGAUUAUGGUAUAAUGAUAUUUGCUGAUAAAAGAUUUUCAAGAAGUGAUAAAAGAAGUAAAUUACCAAAAUGGAUACAAGAACAUUUGACUGAUCAAUUGUGUAAUUUAUCAACUGAAGAAGCUAUACAAAUUAGUAAAAGAUGGCUGAGACAAAUGGCACAACCAUUUACACGUGAAGAUCAACUUGGAUUGUCUCUAUUGACUAAAGAACAACUUGAAAAAGAAGAAGCCAGCAAAUUUGAAAAACAAGCUCAACAAAAUUAAUUACAUUAAUGACUGAAUUUUCAUUUUUUUUUUUUUUUUUGUUUCUUUUUUCUAUUUUAAUGUAAAAAAAUUCAAUUGUUUUUUUUUUUUUUUUAUAACAAUAUAUUUGAAAGAAAACUUAUGAUAAAGAUAAAAAAAUGUUUUUUAUUUUAAUUUGUGAUUCAAUUUGGUCACCAGCGUACCAGCACACGAUCAC